AUGACGCGGUGCCGCGCGCUGGGCUUCGUUCCGCAACCCGCGGCGGCGACCUACUACGCGCAGCGCACGGUGCCCGGGCAGCUGAUCAUCUCGGAAGCCACUGCGGUUGCGCAGGAAGGAAUUGGGUACCCGAACGUGCCGGGGAUCUACUCGCGAGAGCAGGUGGAGGCGUGGAAGCCGAUUGUGAAGGCCGUGAAGGACAAGGGCGGCGUCUUCUUCUGCCAGCUCUGGCACGGCGGCCGCGCCUCGCACCAGGACUAUCAGCCGGGGGGCGUCCUCCCCAUCGCGCCGUCCGCCAUCCCAAUCACGUCGGGCGACAAGGUGUACACACACACGGGCGCGCACAACUACCCCACGCCGCGCGCCAUGUCUGAAGCUGAUAUCCGCGCCGUGGUGCAGCAGUUCCGUAUCGCGGCGCGCAACGCCAUGGAGGCCGGCUUUGACGGCGUGGAGCUGCACGGUGCUAAUGGUUACAUCUUUGAGCAGUUCCUCAAGGACAGCAGCAACAAGCGCACGGACCGCUACGGCGGGUCCAUCCCCAACCGCGCGCGCUUCCUCGUGGAAGUCGCAUCGGCCGUGGCAGAGGAGAUCGGCCCGCUGCGCCUGGGGGUGCGGCUGUCGCCAUUCGCAGCGCUGCUAUCAGCAGUGGACUCUACCCCGGUGGCCACAUAUGUGCAUGCCACGCAGUGCCUUAAUGACCUUGGAGUGCUGUACCUGCACCUCAUAGAGGCGCGGCUCGACAGAGAAGGGGAGGCUAUAGCUGAUGGGGAGUCCCUUGAGCCGUUUCGCAGGGCCUUCAGCAACACACUCAUCAAAGCAGGCGGACACACGCGCGAGUCCGGAAACGCUGCUAUUGCCAGCGGAGCAGCUGAUUUGAUGGCAUACGGUCGCCUAUUCCUUGGCAAUCCCGACCUGCUACGUCGCUUUGCCCUGGAUGCUCCAUUGAAUCCCUAUGAUAGGGAUACCUUUUACACCUUUGACCAAGAGAAGGGGUACACGGAUUACCCUUUCUUAGAAGAUGAGGCCUAG